UGCCAGAUGACGGCAUGCGCGGCUGUUCUACAGCAAGCUUGUGGGCAUGAGGUCUGCUGAGCUCAUGCCCCGUGUGCAGUCCAGGUGGACGACUUGAUUGUGUGGCACCCUGAUGGGUGCGAGAUCUGCUAAGGGCUGGUCUCAAAGAUAACCGCAGACUCGACCCCUCAGGCUAUCAAGAACUCCUCCAUGUCAACCCUCAAGAUCUGGGUCGGCGGGUUCGGAAGAAAUGUAAAGGCGAAGAAACCCUACAUCCUGGCGGAGGAAAUGUGUAAUCUUCUUUACCCUAACGCCAAGAUGUCGGUAGCGGUGGCCAACGAAGUGGCAGCACCUAUCAUCGCCAGGAUUAGGGAAGACACCCAGGUCUUGCCGGAGGAUCUUGAGGGACUGGGAGAAACGGUGUUAGAUGAUGUAGCAGCCAUCAAUUUGGAUGUGGAACCGAUGGUCCUUGACGCCACGGAACAAGGUAGGGAAGUAAGUGAGGCAGGAGGUGCCCGGUCUAGGAUACCUAUUCCUAGCCCGGCGCCGUCUAACUCUUCUUCUCAGACUUCUUUCCAGGGGUUCACUGGGAAGAACAUGGCUGGGGACAGGCCAUGCUCAGUGACCCCAAAACUCAAACACUUAAAGAAGGCCUUACCCAAGCCUAGUAAGCCUUCCAAGCUGCCUAAACCAUCCAGGUCAUCGUCGGCUUCCAAGCCAUCAAUAGACUCUGUCACUGCUACUCCCUCACACCACGGGUCGAGAGCAAGAAGCUCGAAGGCUAAGACACCGGAGGUACCUUUUGACCCGGUAGCCUUCUCGAGCCAGCUUAUGGAACAAAUGGGCAGCAUAGUCCAAUCCCAGAUUGGAUCCAUAGCCGAUUGCAUGCAGUCCAUGGAUACCUUGGCCCAAAGACUGCAAAAUCAGAAGAACCUGAUUGAGAAUCUUUUGCGAUCCGGACUGCCACAACAGCAGCAGUACGUGAUCCCGGACGCCUCUAAACUCCUGGCGUUUGUCAAAAGAAAUCCUUGGCGACUGGCCUUACAUGCCCCGUUCGUAGAUGGCAUGUUGACUCUUGAAGGAUGUGGCACCCAGCCUGUAGAUGAUUUUGAAUUCUACCCGCCGGGACUUCAAUUUCCCUUCCCGGGAUACGCGCGCUUAACUGAUGAAGCGCUGAUAAGGCUAGAUAAGGUUCCGAAGGAAACCGUUAUCUACCCAAAAGAGCAAGCGCAAUCCGCCUGGGUUCGGACUUUGAAUGAAUGGGAGUGCGUCAACACCAUGCUGACCCCUUACAAGAGUUCAUACACGAUGUUUGUGGUGAAAGGACAGACACCGACUCCUUGCACUACUAAGGUAGUUGACCUUGCUCUGCAAGCGGCGAUUGAAGAUAAACCCAUGCCGCAGUUGCGUGAAACUGACUUGACUUCUCUUCUGUUCCCGGGAGAUCACAAUUGCUGGGUUGACACACCAGCAAUGUUUACAACAGGGAAGUUGAAUACUGACUGUGCUUCUACACAGUUCAGUGAGCGUUUACCCAGGCUUCCGGACUCCCUGGUUAAAAUAGAAUUUGAGGCUCGUAUGUGGCUGAGUAGGUCCAUCAACUCAGCCACAAUGGCGGAAAUGGCUUCUCUAGUGUAUGCAGAUGAGCCAUUGUUCAAGAUUUUAACAAAGUCACUGCUUCACACUCUACAAUGUGACGCAUACGACUUCGCGGUAGCCCGAAGUAACUGCCGAAAGCACGUCCUGUCCGAAGCCUCGAUUAGGCAGCAAGAGUUAAUCAGAGCCUCAAGGUCCGGUGGGGCCUGAUUCCUAAGUGCAAAUUUGAUCCAUCCGGGACCCAAUCAAGAGGCAGAAAGAGACCAAGGAAAUUCCAGUCAUUCCAAGGUCCUCAAGCUCAACCAAUGGUACAGACAAUGCCGGUACCACAGGUGAGUCAGCCUUCUACGUCAAAGGCGCAGCCCCAACAACAGUAUGUGUGGGUCACCCAACCGCCUCACUAACAAGUAGCUACUACCUCGUUUACGCCAUCUCCGGCGUUUAACCCUACCUAUGAAACACAAGGCGUGUCUCAUGUGUAUAACAGACAUGCCAGAAGUAGUAGAGCAAGAGGAGCCUUUCGCAACAGAGGCAGCGGAAGGGCUUUAGCAAUGCAAGAGGCAGAGGAUUCCGGGGAACCCGGGGGAGCAGACCCUCUGCAAAACAGUGGGAAUCCUCAGGUAGGGGGAAGGCUGUACCUCUUUCGAAGCCGUUGGAUAUUCAGCAGAUGGGCACACAGCAUAAUUUCCAAGGGUCUGGGGUGGAGUUGGAUAGAGGGGCCCCCUCCACCAACCAGUUUUCAUCAGACUCCAACAGCAGACCUAGUUUUAUAUGCAAAAGAACUUUUACAGAAGAAUGCAAUAAAAGAGGUAAAAUAUUUGAACUUUCAAGGUCACUUGUUCAGCAUUCCAAAGAAAGACUCAGACAAGCGAAGGGUAAUUUUAGAUCUGUCUCAUCUGAAUACAUACAUUCAAUGCGACAAGUUCCAUAUGCUGACCGUCUCGCAGGUGCGGACCUUACUUCCCCGUGGGGCCGUCACCACUUCUAUAGAUCUUACAGAUGCUUACUAUCACAUUCCGAUAGCAAGGCAUUUUCGUCCGUUCCUAGGGUUCAAGCUAGGCAAUCAAGCAUAUACCUUCAAAGUAAUGCUUAUCUGGGCAAACAAUGUAGAACAAUGCCUGAAGGCGACGAACGAAGUAAUAAGAUUUCUACAAUAUAUAGGCUUCCAAAUCAAUUUCAAGAAGUCCCGCCUGAUUCCGUCGGCAUGAUUCCAGUGGUUAGGGUUACAGUGGAACCUGAACACACACAGACUAUCUAUCCCUCCAAAAAAGAGGAGAGAGAUAGCAAGAAAUACAAGGAGUUUUCUCAAGGACAAACUAACGUCCAGGAGAAAACAGGAAAGAAUCCUAGGUGCACUCCACUUUGCCUCAGUAACAGACAAUACUAAAGGCCAGACUGAAAGACAUAAAUCGAGUGUGGCGGUCCAAAGCAAACAAGAAAAAUUGAGACGAAAUGGCACAAAUCCCACCAAUUUUGAGGAAAAGACUUCAGCCAUGGACAAAAGUCAAGAAUCUGGCAAAAUCCAUUCUGUUACAAUUUCCACCACCAGCACUAGUAAUCCAUACAGACGCUUCUCUAAGCGGCUGGGGAGGUUACUCCCAGUACAAAAAGGUCCAGGGGUUGUGGUCAGUAACGUUUCGCCAACUACGUACACAUCAACGUCUUAGAGGCCAUGGCAGUAUUCUUGACCCUAAAGAAACUUGCCCCAGCAAGAAAGCAACAUAUCAGAUUAGUGCUGGACAAUGAAGUUAUAGUCCAUUGUAUAAACAGAGGAGGUUCCAAAUCGAGUCACAUAAACCAUGUAAUGAUUGCUAUAUUUUCCAUGGCAACAAAGAACCGUUGGCACCUGUCAGCUGUUCACCUGGCGGGAAUACGAAAUGUAGUAGCAGACGCACUUUCAAGGACAACUCCGCUGGAGUCGGAGUGGUCACUGGACUUGAAGUCGUUCAAAUGGAUUUCCCAACAGGUCCCGCGUCUCCAAGUAGACCUAUUUGCCACGGAGUCCAACCACAAACUAGAGUGUUAUGUAGCCCCCAACCUGGACCCUCGGGCCUAUGCCACGGACGCCAUGUCACUAGAUUGGAACUCUUGGAAGAGAAUUUACCUAUUCCCUCCAAUAAACAUGCUAAUGAAAGUGCUAGACAAACUCAGGACUUUCAAGGGUCGGGUGGCUCUAGUGGCCCCCAAUUGGCCCAAGAGCAAUUGAUUUCCUCUCCUGGUGGAACUGGGACUCCGUCCUCGGCGGAUUCCCAAACUGAGGCCAAAACAAGAAGUACAAACUCACAGAGUGUUAGCUUCCUCAAGAAUUCAGAGUGCCCUAACUUUAUGGACUUUAUGAAAUUUGCAGCACAAAAAGAUGCUGAAAUUGAUCCUCAGAAUACCUUGUUUUUGGAAUCAGACAAAAGAGAAUCUACUCUUCGUCAGUAUGACUCAGCUGUAAGAAAACUUGCAAAGUUUUUAAGAGACUCGAAGGCUAGUGCAAUCUAGCAGUAACCUUUUUCAGGACUGUUUGAAUCAGGCCUAGCUGCCAAUACAAUUACAACAAUUAAAUCUGCUUUAAAAAAGAUUUUUCAGAUUGGGUUUAAUAUUAAUCUUACAGAUUCAUAUUUUUCAUCUAUCCCGAGAGCUUGUGCCAGAUUGAAACCAGCAACUCGCCCUCACACAGUCUCCUGGUUUCUGAAUGAUGUCCUUAAGCUAGCUUCCGAGACUGAUAAUGAUUCAUGUACUUAUAUAUCACUCCUCAGAAAGACAUUGUUCUUAGUAAGUCUGGCAUCUGGUGCUAGAAUAUCAGAACUUUCAGCUUUAUCUAGAGAACCAGGUCAUAUUGAUUUCCUCACGUCGGGGGAAAUAUUAAUUUCUCCAGACAAAAGAUUUUUAGCCAAGAAUGAGGAUCCACAGAACAGAUGGUCUCCGUGGAAUAUUGUCCCUCUUCCACAGGAUCCGUCCCUGUGUCCAAUUAAACACUGUGAAAGCCUAUUUGAAUAGAACCUCCAAAAAGUCUUCAGGGCUCUUAUUUAUUAGAGAAAAUGGAGGAACCAUUUCCCUGAAAGGAAUCAGACAACAGAUUCUUUAUUUUAUUAAGGGGGCCGGCCGGCUAAUGCCGUUUUUUAACGACAGGACUUUGACAUUCAUACCACUUUAUAAGGUGACUUGGGACAUCUCCAAACCGCAUAUGAUUUUCGCCUCUGACCUUCGGUUUUGUGACGCCAGGGCAAUUUAUCCAGAAAAUAACCAUUUUUCAAAUUCUAUCUCCUCCCUUGAUAUUUAAUAUUAAGACCUGGGAUUACUACCAUAUAUAGACCUGAUGUCGACCUCCAAUCAAAUGGAGAGUUUUUUUCUAAAAGUCAUUUUUUAGCUAGAUAUGAAUUUUUUAAUAUGGUAAAAAAAUAAACCCUAUAAAUCACGAGAAAAAAAAUUAUAAAAAAAAGACGAAACAAAAAUUGGAAAAAAGGGCUCUAUUUGAUUGUUCUAUAAUGUCGUUCUGAGUUAUAUACCAAAUUCCAAUGUUAUAGCUUUAAAACUAAGUGAGGAGAUAGAUUUUGAAGGUCAAUAAGUAUAGUUUUGAGAUACGGGCGUUCAAAGUUUUCCUUCGUAUUUCUAUAAAGACAAUGUUAAUAAAUAAUGAUUAUUAUGAAUGUAUAUGUCUUUUUUGUGUAUUAAUAAACCAAAACUAUUUUAUUUAUCAUAAUUUAAUCAUAAAUGAUGAUCCCUUUCCUCAUAUAUCGUAGCCUGGAGCACUGCUUGAGGCAAGAUGGGGCACUCCUUCCUACAUAACCCCCUCUCUCCCCUUCACUAACUCGGCUUAUUACAGCAAAUUUUCUUCUGUAUGUUAGCGAGAUGUUUUCCUUGUAUUUUCCUCUUUGACAUGAUGACAUUCUUGCCGAAACAAAGAUAAACAAACGUAAAUGCAAGAGAAUGUCAAAGGUGAAACUCGAAGGUGUACUCUCUUUUUACAAAGACAAUUUAAUAAAUCAUGAUUAUUAUGAAUUUCAUAUUCCAUUUUGGGUAUUAAAAAACCAAAAGUAUGUUAAUUAUCAUAAAUGAAGAUCUCUUUGCUCAAAGACUGUAGCCUUGGGCACAGUGUGACGUGUGCUGUCAGGCAAGAAGGGGGCGUUACUUGGCAACCCUCCCCUCUCUCUUCACUAACUACGCGUAUAUUAUGAUAUUCUGUAAUAAUACUUGAGCGAUUUUUCUUCGUCUGUAUGUUAGCGAGAUGUUUUCCUUGUCUUUUCCUCAUUGGCAUGAUGAACUUCUUGCCGAAACAUACAUAAACAUAUGUAACAGCAAGCGAAUGUCACGAGGUGAAACUCGAACGUGUAAUCUACUAGAAGUCUAUGGUCCAACUGAUUCAUGAUUGAACCAGAUACUCGCUUCUUGCGAGCCACGGAAUCUCUACAGAUGCCAUUUCUCACAAUUUCUUUGCCAAUAAUUAUCAAAAUUUACGAUAACAGAAGAAAUAUUGCAUUUUCUUGUACGGAUGAAUGUUUUAGGCUUAUUGAGUUAUGUUUACUAAUUACCCUGUAACUACGAAAGUAAGAGGAAUUUUGACGAAAUAUUUUGUAUACGUAUUCUCAAUUGCCAUAUGAAGCUCCAUGAAUUUUUUCAUGAUUUUGCAUUUUUCGCCCUAUACCACCAUAUAUAGAGGGGUUCCGGCCGGCCCCCUUAAACAAGCUAACCCAGAAUCAUUUCCACAUGUUCAUGAUAUACGAGCAGUAGCCACAUCCAUAAAUUACUUUCACCAUAUGAAUUUUGAAGAAAUAAAAAGUUAUACAGGCUGGAAAUCUCCUGCAGUAUUUAAACGCCACUAUCUAAAAUCCUUGGAAGCCCUAAAAUUUGCAACAGUGGCAGCAGGGAAUGUGGUUCCUCCUGAUGAUUCUGAACCGUCAUGAUAAGGUCUAGUGUUAGAAAUAAUUUCUCCUUUACUUUCUCUCCUACCUGCCUUACUUAUUGUCCCUACUGUAGUUUCGAUUUUCACCUGGAUUGCACCCUAUGUACCAUUGUAGUGUAUAUAUGUAAUAAUUUUAAGGCAUUAGAUUUAGACAUCUUAUUUGC